UAUAACUUCUGAAAAUCAAAAAAGAGAAAAACAAAAGUGAAAAUAUGUUGACUGUUAAAUUGAUCAUGCAAUCCGGAAAGCCAUUGGUUAUGAAGCUCCCAAUCUCAGCUACCAUAUACGAGCUUAAGACAGAGCUGCAAAAUCUGCUCAAUAUUCAGCCGGGAACAUUGGAGAUUUCUGCUUCUGAUGUAACUUUGGUCGAUUCAGAUCUUUUAACAGAAGUUGCUGGUCUACGCAACAAGAAACAAAUUAAGCCGGUUGUGUCUUGCUAUGAAGGCAACAAUUUUGUGUGCUUGAUACUAUUUUCUCUUGAGGACGGGGAUAUCGCGGUUCCAUUUCUCGAUAAUUCAGUGUCAGACCCAAGUAUUGAAGUUGUGUCGCCCGAAGGAAGUGAAUCUUCCGCCAGUGAGCUAUCCUCAGGAUCCAGCAGCGAAUGCGUACAGCCAUCCACGAUUGAUUGCAAACGUGGUAUUAAACGAAAAGGCCAGGGACAUGAAAAACCCAUAGAGACUAAACGGUUCAAAAGGGUUCUCAAAUCGAGUGAGGAGAGUCUAGAAAGCCCCUCUUAUUUAUGGAGGAGGCAUGCGGUAUGGGAGGCUGCGGGAUUAAGUCCCGACCACGCCCGGUUAAAUCUGAGAUGGAAAUGGAACCAGAUGUUAUGAAUGGUCAGCGGCCCCCGUACGUUAACAUUCUCCCAGAGAACAGGACGUUUGUUGUGGUUAUAUCUUCCUCAGAAUGCGACAAAAACUUUUGGGAUCUGUUGGAAGAGUUCUUUGGGAUUUUUUUGGACUUCAGAAACGUUAGCUGCUUGUAGUUUAAUGAGGUCACUCCGGUGACCGAAUACAAUAGGCGGCUCUACAUCGCAUCGGCCAACGAGGAUACGAUGGACUGGGUGUGGCGCAAUGUAUGCGCCAUGGAGACAUAUCAGGCCGUCAGUCUUAUAGACUUCCUACACCUGACACCGGCCAGAGUCGAGGACUGUUUGCUGAAAAUUUUGACGCUCCUGAAACUGCAGAAUGCUGAUAUUACGAAGAAGUGGGCUGUGGUGAGCCGCGAAGAUGCACCCCCUUUA